AUGAAGCAGACUGUGAUCGAUGCCAAGAAGGCGUCCGACAAUGAGCACAGCAUGUCUCUGAUCCAGGGCAUCAAGCUGUAUCCAAAGGCGAUCAUGUGGUCCGUUAUUAUCUCGACCUGCAUCGCCAUGGAAGGGUACGAUGUUGCGCUCAUCAACAACUUUUACGCAUUCGAUUCAUUCAAGAGAAAGUUUGGUGAGGAGAUUUCGCCUGGCAAAUUCGAGGUCCCUGCUCCAUGGCAAUCAGGACUCAGCAAUGGUGCCAACUGCGGCGAGAUCAUCGGUCUGCUGCUCAAUGGUUUCGUCAGCGAACGCUUCGGCUACAGAUGGACGGUCAUCUCGUGUCUGGCGAUGAUCAUCGCUUUCACUGCCAUUUUCUUCACAGCCAAUACCGUUGAGCAACUUUUGGUCGCCGAGAUUCUCUGCGGUAUUCCAUGGGGAGUGUUCCAGACUCUUUGCAUCACGUACGCAUCCGAGGUGUGCCCGGUCGCGCUGCGAGGAUAUCUCACCACUUACAUCAACGCUUGCUGGGGCUACGGCCAGCUCAUCGCGAUUGGAGUCAUCCGAGCAAUGGUUAACCGCAACGAUCAAUGGGCUUAUCGCAUUCCGUACGCUCUCCAAUGGAUGUGGCCCGUCCCUUUGAUGAUUGGUGUCUUCUUCGCUCCGGAGAGCCCGUGGUGGCUGGUCCGAAAGGGCAAGCUCGUGGAGGCGAAGAAGUCUCUCAUCCGCCUGACUAGUCUGAACCGCGAAACCGAUUUCGAUGCCGACGAGACGGUCGCUAUGAUGACCCACACGACUGCACUCGAGAAGAAGAUUACCAGCGGAGCCUCGUACUGGGACUGUUUCAAGGGGACCGAUCUCCGCCGGACUGAGAUCGUCUGCAUGGCGUGGGCGAUUCAAAACUUGGCCGGCAACUCUUUCUCCAACUACAGCACUUAUUUCCUGACCAACUCCGGCGUGAGCGAGACGAACUCUUACAACUUCGCCAUGGGACAAUAUGGUAUCAACGUCGUCGGUGUGAUCGGCUCGUGGUUCCUCAUGUCGCGAGGCAUUGGACGUCGAAGCCUGUACCUGUACGGUCUUUGUGGACUCUUCACCAUGUUGCUCAUCAUGGGACUGCUGGGCUUGGCUCCAGAUUCGCAGCGUGAAGCUGCCGGUCUGGCCACUGGUAGUAUGAUGAUCGUGUGGGCAGCUGUGUACCAGCUCACUGUGGGCACGGUCUGCUAUUCACUCGUCGCUGAAAUCUCGACCCGUCGUCUCCAGAUCAAGACCGUUGUGCUCGGACGAGCCCUUUACAUCGUGGUCGGAAUUAUCGCUUCUGUCCUCACUCCUUACAUGGUCAACCCAAGCGCUUGGGAUUGGGGUAACUAUGCUGGCCUCUUCUGGGCCGGCAGCUGCGCGCUCUGCAUUUUGUACACAUACAUAAGAAUCCCCGAACCACGAGGCCGUACCUUUGCCGAGCUGGAUCUUCUGUUCGAGCGCGGCGUCAGCGCGAGGAAUUUUGCUACCACGGAGGUCGACGUGUUCGACGAGACUGUGGACGAGAGCAUUAUUGCACAGUACAAAGACAAUCUUGGUGUGCAACAUAGCGAAAAAGCAUUCGAGGCCGAGACUAACAAGGCAUUCAAAGGUUGA